UUAUGAAAAACCUCCUCCUGGGCUCAUCAAGGAGGACGAGACGAAGCCAGAGGACUGCAUACCGGACGUGCCCGGCAACGAGCAUGCGAGGGAGUUCCUGGCCCAUGCGCCGACGAAGGGGCUGUGGAUGCCGCUGGGGAAGGAGGUCAAGGUCAUGCAGUGUUGGCGUUGCAAACGUUAUGGUCACCGAACCGGCGACAAAGAAUGCCCUUUCUUUAUCAAAGGCAACCAAAAGUUAGAGCAGUUCAGAGUAGCUCAUGAAGAUCCCAUGUAUGACAUCAUACGAGAGAACAGAAGACAUGAAAAGGAUAUGAGGAUACAGCAAUUAAAACAGUUACUGGAAGAUUCCACCUCAGAGGACGAUGGGAGCAGCUCCAGUUCCUCGGAGUGUAAAGAGAAGCACAAGAAAAAGAAGAAAGAAAAGCAUAAGAAAAGGAGGAAAGAAAAGAAGAAGAAGAAAAAGAAGAAGAAAGUGAAGAACAAGUCUUCCAAGUCUCAGAGUUCAGACUCGGAGUGACGGGGACUUCCCUUGUGGGGUGUUGUCUUCAAAGUCAAGUAUCGUGGCCAAAGAACGGGAGGGUGCAGCUGGAGAGUAACAGGACAGGGGACCGAGAGGAGUAGGGUUGGCCUCACGGCUGUGACCCUCCCUGCUUCUAGUGAAGACGACCCUCGGGAGAGGGACUUCUCUCUGCAGGUGCUAGCUCUGGGUGGGGUCUGGUUUCCGGCAGGAAAGCGUUCAGUGCCCUCCCUGCUGAUCAGAGUGGACCCUCUGCAGUGCGCCUGCGUCUGUGACUGCGUGGUGGCAGAGGGGGAACCUGAGAACGCUCCUGCAGGCCCUGCUGUAGCCUUUGCACUCACAGUGGGGAGACUCGGUUCCCGUAGGCUUCAUGCUUAACUCUCCUCUGUUGUUGAGCAUAAGAAAAGCUCGUGGGGCCAGCAGCUGGCGUAAUGGCUACGUCGCUGGACUCCCAUGUAGUUCACCGCAGUUCGAGUCCUGGACCCGGUGGUUUAAACUCACACCGGGCGCA